GAGGACCUGAGAAUGCUGCUCCAGUACAACAUCGCCGCUUGCCGUGCGUUGUCCCGAAAUGUUCAGGCCCUGCGCUUCUUGCAAACAAGUGUGGCGCGCCAAUCGGUCAAGACACCAAUUCAGGACUGGGGAUGGGAAUAUCUGAUGCGACAGCGAGCGAUGAUGCGACCAAUCAGCCCACAUCUGAAGGUUUAUAAACCGAUGCUCACUUGGAUGGUUUCCGGAUUCCAUCGUAUGACCGGAUGUGCUAUGGCUGGUAAGCGGUCUGUAACGUUUGAGGGAUCUCCUGACAUUUCGAAAAAUAUACGUAAUUUUAUAAAAAAUAGCAUUUGGAGAGGAAAUAAAACGAGGAAACGAGUGGGAAAGAGGCUAUGUAUGGGCAGGAAAUAA